AUGGCAUCACAACUAAGUGCCACAGUCCGUGCGGUUUCUGGAAAGCGCGGUGUACCGCAUAGAGCAGCAUUGGUCCUUACGAAGGCUGCUGUUGAACGAAUUCAAAAGCUGUUAGGAUCACAGCAAGACGCCGUCGGGCUUCGAGUUGGAGUCAAGCAACGUGGGUGCAACGGGCUCACUUACGUACUGGACUAUGCCAAGGAGAAGGGAAAGUUUGACAUCGAAGUGUGCCAAGACGGAGUGAAGGUGUUCAUCGAUUCUAAAGCGCAGUUAACGCUUUUGGGAACGGAAAUGGACUUCGUUGAGACCAAACUUUCGAGUGAAUUUGUCUUCAACAAUCCAAAUGUCAAGGGCACAUGCGGCUGUGGAGAAAGUUUUACUGUAUGA